ACACUGGAGACCAAUCCCUCUUGCGGUCUUGCCAGCUCACCGCCCGUACGACCGAGAUCCAAGGUUCCGGUUCCAAGCCCGCGCCUCGUCCCUGAUCUCUCCCGCCACACGCGGCCGGCGAGACGGAGGCGAUGGCCGCCGCUGCCGACUCCGCCUCCCCGGAGUGCCCCGGCGCCCCCUCCAUGCCCACGGACCCGGACUUCCUCAGCUGCGUCCUCCAGCCCCCGGCCCCCUCCUCCUCCCGCCCCGACGCCGACUACGCCGCCCUCCGCCGCCUUCUCCUCCGCCGCAAGCCGCCCUCCGCCCUCCAGCACCGUAUGGACUGGCGGUGCAACGGCAAGGGCUACGUCGCCUACCGCAACUUCCUCCUCCGGCGCAUCGACGGCGGCAGCGCCCAAAGUACGCCCAGCAACAGUGGAAGGUGGGCUGCCUCUCCUGGCCCUGCACUCUCCGAGGCAGACAGCUGGAGUUCUCUCCGUGAUUUGAGAACUAACAGUGGUUUAAGCCGCACUGUAAGUAUCAGUUCAAAGCAGAGUGAUGCUGAGCGCCAUGUCAGAUUCGCUGAGCCUGCAUACUCGUUUGUUGGAAUGCAUUGCAUUUUUGACAGCUGCAAAACCUCAGUUACAAUAUUGAAAUUUGGUCGCGCAAGUUCUGAUCUGCUUGCGUAUGGUGCGGCAGAUGGCAGUCUAACGGUUUGCCAGGUUUCUGAGCCACCAUCUGUUCUUCAAAAAUUGAUAGGGCACUCUAAAAAUAUCACAGAUUUUGAUUUUUCAUCUAAUAACCAGUACAUUGCUUCAUGCUCCCUGGAUAAAACUGUGCGAGUAUGGGAAAUCUCUAAAGGCACGUGCAUUAGGGUUGUAUAUGGAGUUUCUUCCCAGCUAUGCAUCUGCUUUCAUCCUGUGAACAAUAACUUGCUUUUAGUUGGCAACUCAAACAAGGAAAUCAAUGCAAUAAAUUUUAGCACUGGGAGAGUAAUCAGCAAACUUAACUUUGAUGAUGCGGUUACAGCUUUGGAUAUUGAUCACACUGGGCAGCUUAUUUUCGCUGGUGAUGCACAGGGUUACAUAUAUACUGUUAGUGUGAAUUCACAUACAGGGUCACUAUCUAGAACUCACAAGAACAAGAGCAGUAAGAGCAAAUCUCCUAUUACAACAAUCCAGUAUCGCACCUUUUCUCUGGUAGCACGUUGUCCAGUACUUCUUUCUUGUGCUCAAGAUGGAAACCUGUCUUUCUUCAGUAUCACAACAGAUGCUAAAGGAUACUUGACUCUCAUAUCUUCUUUAAAACUGGCCUCACGGGUGCAGACUAUCCGUGCUUCCUUCUGUCCUCUUCUUUCCCUUGAGAAAGGAGAGUUCAUAGUUACUGGCAGUGAGGAUGCAAAUGUUUACUUCUAUGAUUUGGCACGCCCAAAGAACUCGUGUGUGAAUAAACUACAGGGACAUGGUUCUCCAGUAAUUGGAGUUGCCUGGAACCAUGGGGAAAAUUUGCUGGCCUCAUCUGAUUCAGAAGGUACAGUUAUUGUAUGGAAGCGAGCGAAAACUAAUUAGAGCGAUUCCAAAUCAUGGAGGAUGCUUUUAUGCAGCAAACUGUUGAUUCUACUGCAUGAUUCAAACAAAGCCUCUUUUUUUUUGUACGUUGUACGUCCAUCCCAUUGUUUGUAACAUAACCACGCAAGGCUAGAGCAAAGAAGAUCAACCGGCCUUGAUUGUAUUUACAGAAGUAUAGAUCUCCCGGUAGAGUGUAAAGCUUUUUGUCACGGUAUAUCCUGUAUCAUUUGUUUUAGGACUGUACCUUUGUAUCAUUAAUGAUUUUGUCCCCCAAAUAUAUUGAACUUGCUGUUCACA